AUGUGUAACAAUUCAAAUGUUUAUCGAUGUAAUAAUUCAAUUCAAUGCAUUUCUAAGGACAAAAUUAUGAACAAAGUCAUCGAUUGUCCUAAUGAAGACGAUGAAAAUAUACUUUAUGUUGGUAAUAUUAUUUCAUCAGAUCAGGCCACAGGUGUUUUUCAUGGGUAUCCGGAAGACAUAAAAACGAUGUUUCGAGAUGUCAGAAAACAUAUUUUAUUUCAAACAAUUUGUGAUGGAUUCGUUGAAUUAGCACCAAUACUUAUUGGUGAACAAAAUCACACAGAUGAAACAGAAUGUGAACAGUGGCAAUGUAAUAAUAUCUAUACUCAUUGUAAUGGUUUAUGGAAUUGUCUAAAUGGCGCGGAUGAAAUCGGCUGUGAUUCAUCUUCAUUAUUAAAUUGUUCUCCGAAUGAUCACAUAUGUAUUUCGCCUCAUACAAACCAAUUCAUGUGUUUACCUAUUACGAAAGCAAAUGACGGUAAGAUCGAUUGUAUUGGAGCUACUGAUGAAACAUUACUAUGUCAGCGUGGGCAGUAUGUAUUACACAAUAGAAAUAAUUUCUAUUGUAUAAAGGGAAACAGUGAUUAUUGUAUUUCAUAUUUUUAUUUAUGUGAUGGUUAUCAACAUUGCAUUGAUGGAAGUGACGAACAAUUCUGUGAAAAAAAUCGAACAUAUCCGGAAUUUGGUGAUUCUAUUUGUGAAUCAUCUGUUUUACUAUGGGGUUCUGAUGUUGAGCAGUUUAUAUGCAAUCGUAUGAAAAACUUUGUGAAACAUCACCUCAUAUUUUUUUCACUGGACAGAAUGCAUCAAACAAUCGAUGACCAAUCAAAACAUAUCGAAAACGGAAUACAAUUAAACUCAAUUAUGACUAAAAUGCCACAACAAGUUGAGCAUAAUUGUAAUCGUGGUGUUGAUUUACGUGUUUGGUUGAAUAAUGAGAAUAGUUCAACACGAAUUACAUGUCUUUGUCCAUCUAGUUAUUAUGGUGAUAAAUGCCAGUAU